CUGUUUGGAUUUUGGUGGUGGAGUGAAGAACUUCUAUUCCUCGUAGUUGUAGAGGGAACUUUCGCAUUAAAAUAAAAGUCAACUGCCUACGGAAUGUAAUUCAUUUUUUUUUCCAUUCUUAAAUGAAUUAAAAAUCAAAAUAACUAUUUUCCAAUUUGCGUCUUCUUGUUGUCCAUGUGAAAUAUCAAAGUGAACGCGUUAGAGUGCCAUAUUACCUGUUGAGAGUUGAAUCCGAUAUUUAUUUUUGCACUAAGAAAUGAGAAAAACUCGAUCCCAGACUCAGGCGGAAAAUGGCCCUUCCGCUUCUACAAGGAGUACUCGUGCCGCUGCAUCGUCAACGAAAACUACAACGUCGUCGUCCUCGUCCUCGACGUCUUCAGCUAGGGAAAGGGAUCAAGAUAAAAAUGAAAAUCCGUUUGCAGCGGCAGCGGCCGCCGCAUCACCAAAUCCACCGCUAACAAAUAAUCAAGCAAAUCGCCAAACGAUAGAACUUGAUCCUGCCAAAUUAAAGGAGUAUCAGGAUAUGAUCCAGACCUUUCGAGUGGUCGAUCUACAUAAAGUUCUACAAUUUCUUAGUCUAUCAGUUGCGGGCAGAAAACACGAACUCCAACAAAGAGUUCUUGAUUUAUUAAAGACAAAUUUUGAACUUGUUUCAACAAAACUUCGUGAAAUCUACAGAACUGAUUACUAUUCUGAUCGAAACGUUCAAUACGGACCACCAGAUCCUAAAAGAAUGUUUUCGCAUAUGCAAAUGCCCACAGUACAAUCAACGGCAGACGUUCGUUCUGCUAUGGUUAGUGUUGGCAAUGUAGGCAAUGCCGGUGUUGGUCAAAAUCCCGGCAACGGAGCAGGAGCAGUUCCUGCCAAUAUGGGUGUUCCAUUUCAACAUAAUAUUGGCGCAUCAAUGCCCAUACAUCCAGAUGUGCGUCUUAAAAAGCUUGCAUUCUACGAUGUACUCGCCACUCUAAUCAAACCCUCAUCUCUAUUGCCGCGAUCCAAUCAACGCAUCCAAGAAUUACCUUUCUACUUCACAUUGACUCCACAGCAAGCAACUGAAAUUGCAACAAACCGUGACAUUCGCAAUGGCUCAAAAGUGGAACAUUCCAUUCAAGUUCAAUUGAGGUUCUGCUUGUUGGAGACUUCGUGCGAACAAGAGGAUUGUUUCCCGUCAAAUGUUAUUGUCAAAGUUAAUAAUAAACUUUGUCCUUUACCAAAUCCCAUUCCAACAAACAGACCAAAUGUGGAACCAAAGAGACCACCUCGCCCGGUCAAUGUUACAUCAAAUGUUAAACUAUCACCCACCGUUACAAACACAAUUACGGUUCAAUGGUGUCCAGAUUUUUCACGAGGCUAUUGUAUUGCUGCGUAUUUAGUUAAAAAAUUAACAUCAUCACAAUUAUUGCAUCGUAUGAAGACUAAAGGUAUCAAACCUGCCGACUACACUAGAGGGUUAAUCAAAGAGAAGCUAACAGAAGAUGCUGACUGUGAAAUUGCCACAACAAUGCUUAAAGUUUCAUUAAAUUGCCCACUGGGCAAAAUGAAAAUGUCCAUACCAUGUCGGGCAUCAACUUGUUCUCAUUUACAAUGUUUCGAUGCUAAUUUGUAUUUACAAAUGAAUGAACGUAAACCAACGUGGAAUUGUCCGGUUUGUGACAAACCUGCUAUUUAUGAUCAUUUAGUUAUUGAUGGAUACUUCCAAGAAGUUCUUGCCUCAUCAUUAUUGGGAUCAGAAGAUACAGAAAUUCAACUACACAAAGAUGGAUCUUGGAGUACACAUAAUUUAAGAAAUGAAACACAAUUAAUUGAUACUCCAUCUAAGCCUGUUGAGAAAGUUGAACUUAUCUCAGAUGAUAUUGAAUUAAUUACAGAUGACGUCAAGCCAUUAACAAAGGUGCCUCCACCACCAGUGAUUUCCAAUGAACCAACAUCAACUACAAACAGUGAAACUGUGGAUCUUACAUUAAGCGAUUCAGAUGACGAUAUGCCAUUGGCUAAAAGAAAGACAUCUGCAGCCAAAAAUGCAACAACUUCAUCUGCCGUUUCAACAAGUAAUGGACAAAGAUCAGCAACAGUACAAUCCAGUCAGUCAUCCAAAGGCGAGACAUCAAUAAUAUCAUUGGACUCACCAUCACCGCCAUCAAGUCCAAUUCAAACAUCAGAUGAAAACACAGGCGUUUCAUCAACAACCUCAACAAAAAGUUCAUCCGAUCUACAGAUGAUUAUAAGUUCCAGUGACAGUGGUGGACCUGGAAUGUUAUUAAAUCCACUGGCAUUAAAUAGCAAGAGCAAAAGAAUGAAAUUGCACAGGAAUCAAAAGUAAACCACACCCUUAAGGAAGUCCUAUUUUGGUUUUGCUGCCAUUAAGAACUACAUACUCACAUCAAUGUAUAUAUACAUCGCUGACUAGAUAAUAGUUCAAAACCUACUUUUUUUAGAAGUCUAAUUGCCUUUAAUUUUUAUUAUUAUAAAUUUUAGUAAAAUAGAAAUACACUUAAAAUAAGAUCUUUUUGACUACAAUAAUUGUUCAAUUCUUAAACAAAUAUCUUAAUUACUUGUUCAUUUAUAAUAUUUUUGUUUAACUUUUGUUAUAAAAAGUUUAAAUUUUAGUUUCAUAAAAACAAAACAUAAUGAAUACAAUAAAAAAAAAACAUAAUAUAAAGAAAAUAACCAAAACCUGAUGUAAACGUUAUAAAAGUACAAUACUUGACCUAAAACUUAUUAUUUUAACAAAAACAAAAUAUAAAAAUGUAUGUACUAUAAUAAUUGAUGUAUACUUUUUUUUGUAUCUACGUAUAGUUGUUAAAUCUAUAAAUUCAAUUUCAAUAAGAAAGAAAAAUUUAAGUUAUAACACAAGUUAUAAAAAAAUAACUUUUCCUGUCGAAAAAAAUGUUUUAGUUUUCUUGAGGAAGAAACAAUUUUAAGUUAAUUUUACUAUUAAGACAUUUAUGUUUUUGUUUUCUUGGUACAUCAUAAUUUACAUAUGUUUAAAAAUUUAAAUACAAAUCAACGAAAAUAAAUUUGAGUUCAUUUAAAAUCAAUUUUUUAAAAGAGAGACAAUUAUUUUGAAUGCAUAUAGCCGAGAUUUGUUUUUCAAAAUGUUAAAAUGACAGAUCUUCGCUUUUACUAAUAAGUUAAAUAUAUUCAGUUUACACCUGAGCUUUAGAAAUCUUAUUUGAAAAAAAGAGUACAUAUGUCUGUAGUGUCCCACAUUUCGAUUGAAUUUGAAAAAUUCAUAAAUCAUUAAAAUCAAAACAAUAAGACAUUUUAUAGUCUUAAAGAUACAAAUUAAAUCGCGUCGAGUUAAAUUUGUCUACUGUUGUUAAAUUUCGAUUUCAUUUCAAGUAAAAGUGAAAUAAAGAACCUUACUCCCCUUUUAAGUACCUCAACCUGUUUGAAAUUUAUUUUUAACUCCCUACUUCGUGUAGACGAACCAGUAGCCAGCUAUUUCCUUUUGGUUUGCAGACUUGAAACCUUGAAGAUCUGUAAAAAUUAUACACACAAAAUAAAAUUCACGUAUUAUGUAGGUACCUGCGUUAAAUUUAUAUAUGUUCAUAUAAUCUUGUAUACGUAAUUUAAAUUAACUUAACAUUCAAACGCUUCUUUACUGUUUUCAAAGAAAAACACAGUUAAAAAAAACAGAAGUGAAGAUUUAAAUGCAACACGAAUCAUAAAAAUGUAUGGUUUUCACACUUAACCUAGUAUUUUAUUUAAAAGAUUCAAAAAUUUUAGUUGGAAAAACUCACGACACAAUUAGAAAUAAUAUUUCAAAGGAAACUCAGUU